UUGUAGUGUAUUGAGACUUUGACAACCAGCUAUAUGCCGAUUUUAGUAGACGACUACAGCAUUUUAAAAGGCACGAGUCAACUUGACCAUACGUGUGUAUGUGUGCAACGGAGCGGCCCGACAUGAAACUGACUCGUUGAUAUGAUGGAACUUGGUACGUCGCCCUGCCAAAGCGUCGUGCUCUUGCAGCCCUACCCGCCCUCUCCCCAUCACUCUGAGGAGGGAGGACUUGUUCUCACGUGCACUCGCUGCGCGCGCCCAUACAAUUGAACAGAGGGUGCGAUACAUAAUUCAGUCCCAGCAAGGGAACACCCUAGUCCGUCCCCUCCUGUCAAACCACGGAGCUGCAGCCUCGACACAGCCUGUGAACCGAAACGCCGAUGCGGCUGUUUUUCCAGCUCCAGGGCGGAUGGGGGAUCAACCUUGGAGAAAGGACGAAUGCAGUUGCAGGUUGUGCAUGACUUCCAGCGGCUGAGGAAGGACAGGGCAGAGCGAGAAACAGGCGGACAGUGGUGAUCUUCAAGAGACAUAAACAUUGCCAUGCCCUGCUUCGUGCACCACCGCACAUCCGCUUCGUCCUGCUCCUCUGGUCCAGGACAGCGUUCUGUUUGUUAGAGGAUGACAGAAAAAGAAGACGACGCUGUUGUCGAAGGUAAAUAUUUCAGAGACGAGGGGAAGUUGUUUUCGGGAUAGGAAGCUGCAGCGGGCCACGGUCUACACUGUAGGCAUCCUGCAUCCUGACUUUGCUGUGUCCGUGUUUUUGGGCCAUGCUGCAGGCAGCAUCCUCGGACCUGUUCCCCACUUGAGCCACUCUGGUGUUAACAAGUUCCCAAAAGCAGAGAACUAGUUCCGCUUCUUUAUGUUUUGGAGAGUUGUUUUGCACUUUUGGGUGAUUACCUCCUCUGUGUAACUGAGCGAUAAUGAACAUUUUCACGCCAAAAGUUUGGAAUCGCCUUUCUCACACUGCUUCAGCCUCAAACCACAUGUUUUCAGAAAGAUAUGAUCAGAGGCAGAUAUUUUAAUGAGCAAAGUAUCUCUGAUAUUAAUCAGAGCUGCCUCUGCAUCACUGCUCAGUGGUACCAGUCUUGUUACAGUUCACAUUAACGCGGCACCAUGGGUGCCAAGCAGACCAAAGGCCAGGAGCCUGGAGGAGCCAGCCCUCAGCACAGCUGGAAGCGGACUCCCACCAAGGAACGGAGUGACAUCUUGGCAUCCCUUAUGCUGAAGUCAGGCGACCGACUGAGCCGUGGGGGGACGCCGCCGCCGUACCAGCGCCGCAUUGGCAUGAUCCAGGAGAUGAUGCUGAUGGCCAAGCAGGGCAAGCAGGAUGAGGCCACGGAGAUGCUCAAGACACUCCGACAGGACCUGGGCAUGGAGUCAACAUCUCUGGAUGACGUGUUGUACCGUUACGCCAGCUUCAGAAACCUGGUUGACCCCAUCACGCAUGACCUGAUUAUCAGCCUGGCACGUUAUGUCCACUGCCCCAAGACGGAGGGCGACUCUCUCGGGGCAAUGGAGAAGGUUUGUCGUCAGCUGACGUACCAUCUCAGCCCCCACUCUCAGUGGAGGAGACAGGGCUUGCUCAAGAGGAAACCUCAGGCCUGUUUGAAGGCAGUGCUGUCAGCCCCUCUGUCCAGCGGGGCAUUGGAUCUGUCCGGUAUCCCUCUGACGGCUCGGGACAUGGAGCGUCUGUGUGCAUACCUGCAGCGUCACGCGUCCACAGUGGUCAGCUUGGAGCUGGGCUUCACCGAGCUGACGGACGAGGCCUUCCUCCUGCUCCUGCCCACGCUGGCUGCCCUGCCGCACCUGGAGACCCUGGCCCUGAAUGGAAACAGGCUGACCAGAACUAUUCUAAAGGAGCUCACAGACGCCCUGAAGGAUCCAGGCAGCUUCCCUAGCGUGACAUGGAUUGACCUUGGCAACAAUGUAGACAUCUUCUCCCUGCCGCAGCCCUUUCUAGUCAGCCUGAGGAAGCGCUGUCCAAAGCAGGGAAACCUCCCCACCAUCCUAGAGUUUGGAGAGAGCCAGGCCAGUGACCCCCCCGAGAGGCUGAGGGGGCUAGGGGAAGAGGAGGAGACAGAUGACACCAACCGGACUGAGAGCAUGGGUGAGCUAAGGUCGGAGGUGGAGGAGGAGCUUGACGGAGAAAUGGAGAUAGAGGACAUGAUGGAGGAGCUGUUGGACUUUGACAGGGAGGUGCAGGGGAAGGAGGAUGAGGACGAGAGCAUGUGGACACUGGAGGAGCAAAGGAAAGUUGGAGGCAGGAGGGGGAUGAAAGGGGAGGAGGAGAAGGAGAAGGAGACACAGAGGAAAGAGCAGCGACCAGGGAGGAGGGCAGUGAUUGUAGAGGACGAGGACGACACACAGAGCCACUCCUCCCACUUGUCCUGCUCCAGCCAGUCACAGCAGUCCUCUGGAGCUGUUGAGCCAAUGAAAGUGGAGGGUGACGACUUAAACGAGGAGACUGACCAAUUAGAGCACUUGACCUGAUUGCUGCUCCCAGCUCUUCUCUGCUUAUGUUUCCCCUCCUGUGUUGAGCCAUGUGUGGAAGGAGGUGAGAGAAGUGAGGUGAAAGACUUUGUGUCCUGCAGAGGCUAACUGAGCACGCUCAAAAUCAGACAGGCUGCAGUGUUGGAAGGAUGUAAUCCAUAUGGACAUGCCACUUGAUACUCCCUCCUCUGAUCUGAUUUGUGACCAGCCACCGCUGCGUUCAGACACCGGCAGAGUCCCAGCUGAACCCAGCCAGGUGACUCUUGGUGACUGUAAUAUGAGAAGACAAUCCCCAACAGGACGCCUGUUUUAUAACUGUCUGUUGUUUAAAGUGUCAGUAGACUAAGGAUGCUAAUUCAUAAACUAAUUAUAUCACAUGAGGCUUUUAUGUAUAGAACGUUAACCUUUAUUCAGGUCCUUUUCUCCUGGUAACCCUGCUAAUACCUACAUGUGCCUGUGAAAUGUCCCAUUAGGAGCGUGAGUGCUGAGAGAUUUAAAAAAAAAGAGAGAGAGAGGCCAGAAAACAUAGAAACAAGAGAAACUAGACAGAGCCCUUCAACCUUCUGAAAAAUGUUUUUGCCAAAAACUUGAAGUGGAAACGUAUAAAAUGUUUUCCUCCCACAUACAUCAACAGUGAGCCAGAUGGAUGGGAAGAUAGACAGGAAUCAGAAGUGGAGCCAACAGCUUCGUGGAAAUCAGUCCCCUCUUAAGAGAUGAACAGAUGCAGCGCGCUUUAGUGGAAGAGAAGGCGAAAUUAGUCAGCUCAAACCAAAAGAAAUAAGCAAGCGUUGAAGAAAUGGGAGAACGUGUCCUGUUUUGAAAGACAGGGGCUUGCUGUCGUGUUCAUGUAUGUACAGUGGGUAGAUCUGAUAAUCCUAUUGCCAUGUGUCUCAAAGCAAAACGCUGGGAUGUCAAGUUGAAAUAUUUAGUAGCCUUCCUCUCAUAAUCCAGGUCAUGUUCUACUCUGCGGUACUGAACACUAGUGUGCAUCACAUGCUUACAGUGCUGUGUUUAUAUAUAUCCCGCAGCUAUGAUCACAUUCAUGUUAUCCGCUGGGUUACAACAACUUAUAUCCUUAUGCAGUAUGUAGCUCUCACCCAGCCUGUGCUUUCCAUUCAUCAGUCACUUAUAGUUCAUGCAAAGCUUUAAGAAAUGAGAUGUAUUUUUGGAUGUACAGUAUAUACAGUAUAUAUUGUUUUUAUCUGUGCAGGAGUGAUUGUUGAAAUUGUACAUGAGCUAUUUAAAGAGGAAUGCCACUCAUUCAUGGAUUCAUAUGUGUUAUUCCUGUGGUCUGGGUAAUUCAAGCAAUAUUGUACAUGACUAAUGUUUAAAAUCUGGUGAAAAAAAGGUGAACCAGACUCUUAGUUUGUGAUAUAUUCUGAAAAAGUACUGAGUGAGUGGGUUUUACGGAUAUAGAAAGGGAGACUUCGUUGAAUAUUAACUCGUCUCAUCCUAAAGCUGUUUAAAAUGAAUAAAUGCGUAUGUAUUUUUCCCCAGACAGCAGCCUCAGGCGCUAAUACAUUCACCUCUGCAGCUGUUAAUGUGUAUGGCAUCAAAAAUCAAAGCCUUUAAUGAUAUGCUGAUGCUUGCAGCUGCAGCACAUCAUCAGGCAAAGUUUAUAUGGACAAAUCUGUAUGAUGACAGGUCUGAGGCCUGAUCAGAUCUGCUCUCUUUCUUCAAAUUCUGCUUUUCACACAUUCAGUUUUAGUUUUUAGAGAUUAUAUCUUGCUUAUCAUCUCUCACGUCUUUAAUAAACGACCACAAGUGAUGCACAGUGUGUGGGAUUCUUGGUUUGCUUCCCAGUCAGGAGUUUUUGAUCCUACGCACCUGUCAUGGAGACUUGAUGGCGUGCGAUCCAGUAUGCUUGAGAGGAGCGCUCAUAAAGAUCAGUGUCGCAAGGAGCACCAUUCAGCUUUUGAAAACAGUUGUAAAAUAUCAUUUCUGGCUCUGGAGGGGACCUUGGCAAGACGUAGGAAAUAACCCUGGUGAUGUCAUAGUGAUGUAAUCAAUGUUAUCUUGGGUGUGCCUUGAGACUUAUUAUUUUUGACACAAAGCUUGCAUUACAAACUGGGGCAUGGUCUUUUCUAGGCACGUAAAAAUGCAUAAUUAAAAACAAAGUUGAGCUGCAUUGUGGGAUUUGUAGGAUUCGUUUUUGGAGCUUGACCCAUGCUAGGAACUAAGAGUCAGGAUAAUUUAGCUUGCAGGAUUGAUUUCUUUUUUAAUGUCUCUGUCUCACACAAGUCCUCUAACUUGCUGAAUACUAAAUUACUGGAGUUCCCUUUUACAGUAUAGAAACUGUUGCUUAUUAGUGCACAAUUCCACCAACGAAUGUUAGAUUGCAGCCAUGUUUUAAUUUUAUUAUGUCUUUCUGCCAGCAGAAUAUACAUUACCUCAGAAAGGAUUUGUAUGAGACGGUGGAAAGGUCAGAGAGAAUCCAACAUGAAGGAGUAUCGACGGAGGUACGCAGUGUACUGAAUGACUGCCAGUAUCAGAGCAAAGUUAUUUCCUCUCUUCAGGAAAAGAUUUGAUUGACACCACAGUCUGAUAAAGACAAAAUAAUCUAUAUAGACUCAAAAUUAAAUGUCUGAAGAGGAAGAUUUUAGGAAAAUGGAAUAAUCUGUUUAAAUACAGUAUCCUGGUUCUCUGACUUGCAGUAAGGUACGGUGUCAUCAGAUAUAAUUUCCGUUUAGCCAAUAAGUCACUUAAAGCAAGACAAGCAACCAUUUAAAAGUUAUUGAGUACAUUUCAAACAGGUUUCCAGAGACUUCACAGGGAAUUCAGUAAUUUAGCAUAUGCAAUAUGAAAAACAGCUCUGAACAAAUUAAGCAACACCUGAUUUGUAUUGUGUUUUUGCAUAUUCACAUCAUGAAAAUAAUAGUCAUUGUUGCCCAGGACAACAAGUCCACUCAAAGUCUUUUUUAACCUUCGCCGCAUGGUACCUGUUUAUCAGUGAGCGAGGGAAUUGAGAUAACGUACAACCUUUGACGUCCGCAGAUGUGCUCAGGGGCAACCAGGUGACCCCGUGUGGAUCACAUACAUGCCACCUGAGAGAGAGCUGUCCGUACAGCAAGCUGUUCCCUUUCACUUCAUUAAUGCAAACUAGCCUGCGGGCAUUCAGUUUUACACUUGAAGCUAAUUAUAAAGAGAAACUUCCCUUUAAGCCACCUUUACGAUAAGCUACUUUUGCAUUGUCCCUGCAAAAUUGAUUGUACCAACGGCUCCUUACAAUGAAACCUUUAAACGGAGGCAGACGGGUUGCGAUGCUGAACAGUAACGUGCAGUUCAGCUGAGUCCAUCCUCACUGGCAGCCUGAUCACAAAGACAGCUAAUGAGACAGACUGAGACUGCCAGUGAAAGCCACAGUGAUCUUCAGUGGCAUCAAAUAUUGAUUGUUGUGUAGUGAGUUCACACUGCGACGUGAACAUUUGUGUACCUGUUGGUGAGUUUGGAUCACUGACUUUAGGUUCGGUAUGCGGUCAGUGGUUGCUCCCAAUACUCAGGGUCCCACUGACACCAGGAACUGCUGAGGAAGCUUACAGACGCUGUGUCUCAGGAUUUCUGUGGUUUUCUGGUUGCUUCGGUAACAGAAGUCCUUGUGGCUGCAGAAAGAGGGACAGUGGAGAUCAGAGUUUUGUGUGCUUGUUUGUAAUGUGCUGAAGCCAUGCACUUGUGUGCUUUAAUGUUAAGGUCACCGCAAAUCAAAGCAACGAGAUCACGACUGGAAUGAGACUCCUACAUCAACACAAAUGUGGGCUUUUAAUAUGAAACCUUUGAUCUGUCACUCAGUGUCGUCCACCUUUGAUAUGAGGGAUUCAGUGCAGUUUCAUCUGAAACUGACUGACUAAAGAUAGCGAUUGAUUCCACACAUGAAUGGAUGAACAUGGUUUCUAAAAAUCAUUUCAAAAGCACUGCAUACAGAAUACCUUGUAAUUCUUGUUAAUUUACUGCAUGCGUAAUGCUGGAACAUAAAGAUAUAAAGAUUUUGCAAAUUGGCUUCAGCCUCUCUGUCUGUUUAUCUCUGUUGAAUCCAAAACUCCCAUAUAGCUCAGCCUUACUUCAUUAACUGCACAUCCAUGUUAAUAGUAGCCACAUGUCUUUAAUUGAAGAGUUUGGAUAACAAGACAAGUUUGACCUGCUCUAAUUGGAAAGUGUCAUGGGAUAACUUUUGUUGUGAAUUGACACUAUAUAAAUAAACUGAAUUGAAUUGAAUUGAAUGUCUGUUGUUUGAUGAAUCUCUCCCAGAGUUCUUUGCGGGCCUGUUUCACUACUGGUUCUUUGUACAGUGGCGAGGCACAAUGGCUGAAGACUCUCUGUUCAUCACUUAAGGCAGAAUAACUAGUUCUUUCAUACGUGACAGUAAGACGUGAUGACAACCAUCGUGUUAUUGUAAGAAAUGAAACAGUAUGAAACACCUUGGACUCACAGAGCUGGAGGGGCUAUGGAAACUUUAAGUGACUGGUGGGUCUGAAGAUGCUAUGUAUGUCUUGCUCAAAGGCUUUGCUUCUAUACUGUAUUGUGAAAUGUAAAAAGAAACUCGGUCAUGUGACUCUGAAGGUGGGAGUGUCUGUAGCCUUGAACCUUUCUUUUUCCACGAGUCUUUCCUCAAUAUGUAUUUCUCAAACUAUAAUGUACCUGUUAUUCUCUAUACAUUAUUUUCUUCUGUCACUCUCUCUUUUCCUCAAAGGUAAGGUGGAUCUUUCUGGGUGGGGGGGGGGUAUUACACUUUAUCCAGGUGAUCCAGGUGAACAGAAUACU